UAGUUUGAAGAGUGAAGUGAGAGUAGUGCAGACAGACAGAUGUGUGUGAAGCAGCAAAGAGCAAUGACUGGGGACAGUUAAUAAAAAAAGUCUGAUUUUUAUUUAAAUCUAGGACUCUGUUGUCCUGCACCUUCUGGAUUUUCUUUUUUUCUUGGUGCUUUUUCCACCUCACACUUUACAUUUUUUAUUUUUUAAAGAGUGUGUGUGUGUGUGUGUGUGUGGCAGAGUGUGUUUUCUUUUUUUCUUGUUUGUGUGAUAUACAGUAGGUCAUGGAGGUGGAGCACUUGAACGGCAGCGGGCUUAAACCCGAGAGGGGCAACACUCGCCUCUACAAGAUCGCACUGGCCAUGUGCGUGUGUCUGUGUGCCAUCCUGCUGCUCGCACUCAUACUGGUGUCUCAGAAGUCCAGUCAGGAGGAGUUCUGUCUGACCUCAGAAUGCAUUGAAGCAGCUGGGUCUAUUUUAAACAAAAUGGAUCCGUCUGUCGAUCCCUGUGAGGACUUUUAUCUCUAUUCCUGUGGCGGCUGGUUGAAGCAGAACCCGAUUCCGGAAGACUCCUCCUCGUACGGCAUCUACCCUUGGCUGCGGCAGCAUGUCGACCUUCAGCUCAGAGAGUUACUGGAGGCUCCGUCACAACCCGAUGAACUGGAGGCUGUGACCAAAGCGAAAGUCCUCUACCGCUCCUGCAUGAAUGAGACUGUGCUGGAGAAGGUGGACUCAUCACCCAUGUUGAAGACACUGAAGCAGCGGGAGUUCCGGUGGCCCGUCGUCGGGGAGGGGCUCGGUGGCGAGUUCUCGUGGUCGGCCGCUCAGUGGAGCCUCCUGAAGACUCUGGCACAGAUGAGGAACCAGCACAGUAAAAGUGUCCUGAUUCGCUUGUAUGUUUCCCCCGAUGACAAAAACUCCUCUCAGCACAUAAUCAAGCUUGACCAGGCGUCUUUGUCUCUGUCCUCGAGGGAAGACUACAUCACCAAUUCUUCCUCUGCGCAGGCGAACCGCGCGGCCCUGCUAAGCUUGAUGGUGGACAUCGCCGUCAUGCUGGGCGCUCAAGAGGCGGAGGCGUUGACCCAGAUGGAGAAGGCACUCGCCUUUGAGACCAAGCUGGCUCAUAUUCUGAUUCCCUAUGAGAACCGCACCAGCGACAACAUGUACAAUAAAUACACAAUAGCUCAGCUGCAGGGUGAGAUACCACAGUUUGAUUGGCUAGCGUUUGUAAAAGCUGUGGUGGAGUCUAAAAGCGACCCGACUCGGUCCAUCUCCUCCUCUGAGCCCGUCAUCGUCCGAGCCCCGCAAUAUUUAAAGGAACUGUUCAAGAUCAUUAAAGUCACAGAUUCCAGGACUGUAGCAAACUACGUUCAGUGGAGAACAGUUUUCUCCAGAAUCACCACGCUGAGUCGCCGUUUCCUCUUCAGAUACCUCGACUUUGCUCGGGUAACUGCAGGAACCACCUCUCUGACCCCGCGCUGGGACAAGUGUGUGAACUACGUUGAGAACUCGCUUGUUUACGCCACGGGACGCCUCUUUGUCAACACACACUUCCAGGAGGACAAGAAACACAUGAUGGAGGAGCUGAUCGGGGGCAUUCGCUGGGCUUUCAUUGACAUACUGACGAAAGAGAACGACUGGAUGGAUCAAAUUACCAAGGAGAGAGCCAUCGAAAAGGCUGACGCCGUCCUGGCAAAGGUUGGCUACCCCGAGUUCAUCCUCAACGACACCUACCUCAGUGACGAUCUUAAGGAGCUGAAGUUCAAAGAGUUGGACUACUACGGUAAUGUGAUGCAGACACUGAAAUUCAUCGCCCAGGCCGAUAUCAGCUGGCUUCGAAAGAGCGUGCCACGUAAAGAGUGGUUUACAAACCCAACGACUGUGAAUGCCUUCUACAGUUCUUCCACAAAUCAAAUCCGAUUUCCAGCAGGAGAACUCCAGAAACCCUUCUUCUGGGGAAAAGAGUAUCCGAGGUCUUUAAGUUACGGUGCCAUCGGGGUGAUCGUCGGACACGAGCUAACCCACGGCUUUGACAAUAACGGUCGCAAGUUUGACAAAAAUGGAAACCUCCAUCAGUGGUGGAGCGACUCGUCCGUCACAGCCUUUACUGAGAAAACCCAGUGUAUGAUAGACCAGUAUAAUGAUUAUCACUGGGAGGAGGCGGGAUUAAAUGUGCGCGGUAAGAGGACUUUGUCAGAAAACAUCGCAGACAACGGAGGAAUAAGAGAAGCAUUCAGGGCGUACAGGCGGUGGAUAGAUGAGAACAGAGGCGGUGCGGAGGAGCCUCUGCUUCCAGGAGUCGGACUGAACAACAACCAACUGUUUUUCCUGAGCUAUGCACACGUGAGAUGCAACUCGUACAGACCAGAAGCAGCCAGGGAUCAGAUCCAGAGUGGAGCUCACAGUCCACCAAAAUAUAGAGUCGUCGGCGCGAUGAGCAACUACCAGGAGUUCGCGGAGGUGUUCAGCUGUCCCGAGUCUUCAUCCAUGAACCGGGGAGCACAGUCCUGUCGGGUGUGGUGACCUUUGACCUCAGCCUUGUUUUCCACCACCCCCCAUCCUGAACCCGGUCAGAGCAGGCCUGUUGAAGAGGCCGAUCUUAGCCUACACACAUGUUUACGGUGACGGUGGAACGCGUUAGGGGACUGAAGCCAUUUUUUUUAACUUUAAAUAUUCUAUAUUGUUACCAGGUGUGUGUGUUUAUUUUUGUACAGGUGCAUAAUGUUGCAACUACUGGACCAUAAAGUACCAAACCACAGUUAAUUAAAUUUAGUUUGAAAUA